AUGAAUCGUUUGAAAUGUGAAGAUAUUUUCUCAAUUAUUGAUAAAAAUGAAAAAUUAUCGAAAUUACCAGAUUCAAUCCUUGGAAAUACGAUAUAUUGCUUAAAAUUAAAUGCUGAUAGUAAAAACGCGUGGAAAGAUGAUAAAUUCAAAUGGGAUCAAUAUUCAACUGCAGAUAUGAAGGGAAAAUUUACGUGUCGGUAUUAUUCAUCAGCACAAAAAUCGGCGACAAAAUUAGAAUCGGAUCAAAAAUUAAUAAAAAAAGUAUACACGUUGAAAACCGAUCAGUUAACAAUUGUUGUUCAGUACUUAGGUGAUGUAAAAUUAGGAGUACCGUCAAAUAAAACGCCAGCAGCAGUGAUCCAAGAAAUAGGAAAACGUGUACAACAUGAAACAAGUGCACAAGUCUGUCGAGAUUUAAUAUGUACACCAGAAGGCGUUUCGACAAUUCACAACAAACGUCAAGUUCAGUAUCGCCGACAAAAACAACUAAAUCAAUUGAAAUUAACACACGAUGAAAUGUUUCCACUGUAUUCAAUUGGAAUGUACCAUUCAAAAUUUAUCCAGUUUUAUCUCCUUAUGCCACAACUGGUUGUUAUAUGUGCAGAUGAACAAAUAAUCAAAAUAUUCAAUGCAUUGUUAUCCGUAUCGGAAACGAAAAUCGUCGUGAGUUACGACACAACAUUCAAUCUGACCGAUGGCUAUGUUAGUGCAUUGAUAUUUCGUCAUAAUGGAUUUGAAUCGUAUCCGGCAAUCGUACUCGCCUAUAUGAAACAAACCGGUGAAAAUCAUGAAAUGGAAGUGGAACAACAAGUGGAAGAAUUACAAGAGCAAAAUUCCACAGAAGAUGAUCCAACGAUCGAAGAAGAUGAACUGGCAGAUGAAGAAAUGGACGAAGAAAUUGUUGAUCUGCUAGCCGUCGAGCUAUCAGCACCACCACACGCACAUACUCGCAUCAACAAUGAACAAUCAACAAUCUUUCAAUAUCAAUUGCCACAUGCACAAAAAAGUUGGACGAAACAUUUUAUCAAAUACUUUGAUGCUCAUGUUCUACCAGAUAUAGACGAAUUAGUGCCUGGUCCAUGUCAAGGGGGAUUGGAGAUCGAAGGUGCUGAAAAUGAUCUUUCAGUGAUGGAUAAUAUAAAAGUUCGGAACUUUUGUCAGCAGACACCAUGGAUUUUAGAUGAUGAUUUAAAGUGGAUAGGUGUCUCGUUUAUUGUAUUUGUUAUCUACAUGAAGGUGAAUUUUAUAUCAUUCAAAGGACAUUGGACUGUAAAUUUGCAUAAUUUACAACGUGAAUUUCUGAUUAAUCCAAAUGGAAUUAUUAACAACAUAAGACGAUUGGAUAAUGAAUUCAAAGAUGUACCCGUCCAGGAAGACAAACCGAAACCAUUAACAGCGUUUCAAUUGUCUGAAAUAUUUGUCAGUGAUGAUACUGUUAGAUUUGACAGAUUAGCUCGGUUAUGGAUCGUGGAGAACAAAGCUAAAAGCGAAGUGCAAAUGGUGGAUUUUAGACAGGUCGAUAAACAUAAUCAUUCGAUAUCUACGUGCACAUGUCCGCUCUUCCGGAUCAACAAGAAAGGCGGCGACUGUAGCCACAUAAUGGCUGCAAAAAGAAAUGCUGGAUUGCCGAUUAUCCAACCAAAACCUAAUAUGAAAAAAUUGAGAGAAGCAUCUAAACUGGAAAAGAAUAUCAAAAAGCCAAACGUUUUGGAUAAAGAGACGCCAACAAAUUCAACGAAAAUAGUCCAGACAAAAUUAGUUAAAAAACCAACAAAAGUUGCUCAAUGUCGAACACCAUUGGCGAAUAUACUCAGUAUCAGUGACGAUGAUUUUUGA